AGGGACGGCAAGCAGCUUACCCAGUGUGAGAGUGUGACGUGUGAGCUGCGACAGACCAAAACAGGAAAUAAUUAAAAUCACACGAUAAACAAGGUUUGAAGAUCCGCCGGAGACGGGGUUGUUUUUAUAAACACAGGGUAUGUUCUGUGGAUAUGAGGCUACCGGCACGGCUCUCUCAGACCGUGUGGGCGGACAGAGCUCGUCCUCUGGAGCUUAUUAAAGGAGAGGAUGCGAACCGGCCUCAGCCUGACCUCGGGGAGCUGCGCUCUCAGUCCGACUCGGUUCCUCCUCAAAUCCACGAUCCCUCUCAUCUGCCAUAGUCGCGGGAACACGCAUGCACGCUGCAUCGAAACAACGGAAAGCGAAAAGGGUAAAAAAAGUCCAGAAUUAAUAAUCUAAACGGCGUCAAAGCGCAGAUUCCCAUCCUUCCUGAACCUUUUCGCUUCCCGUAGCUGCAGUGUUGUGCGGUGCUGUUUGUGUUUCUGCACAGUGACUGCGCUCCUGACGACUCAAUCCGAGGAAGGGGACGUGGAUUUUAAGGAUAACUGCAACAAAUGCAACACCAGCCCACAUGGAGCCACGCGACACGUUCUCAUACCUGCUGGGCUUAUUUAUCCCUCCUACGGCUUAGUAUGAGUGGAGUUUGGGAGCAGAGUCGGCCCUGAACCGCCGCCGGGCCAGAACAUUUCCAUAUAUAGGCUUUGGAAGUGGUCAAGCCUCAGGAGCCUCUGCGGAGCUUCUGCUGCAGAGCUUCAGUGGAAAUGUAAACCUCAGCUCGGCCACCAAGAAGAGCGCUUUGCUUUCCUUUCACAAACAGAAACAACGUGAACAUGCGUACACGGCCUUUUCAGACAGAGGACUCGUACAGGAGGAGGUUGUGUUGUAAAGUCAGAGUAGGUCAAAGUAUUGUGAUCUGAAUGUGGAGACCAUCCUUGUCGUAACUGGCUGUUCAGUAUCUAAACUCCAUUUUCAUCACUUUGUGCUAAUGCAUGACUUGUCAGCGGAGUUGAUGUAAAUCUGAGCUGGGCCACCAAGUGCCCUCUUCUUUGCUUUCCUUUCGCAUGCCAGAAACAACGUGACCAUGUCAGCACCAGAGCAGAUUAUCGAGAUCAUUAUGGAGGACAGGACGUAUAACGUGAGUAAGAGCAAGCUGAUUGAAAAGAGCGAUUACUUCCGUGCCCUGUACAGCUCUGGGAUGAGGGAGGCCGGGGAAGACUCCGUGCAGCUGCAGGGGCUGAGCGUGCCAGGCCUGGAGCUGGUCCUGGAGUUCAUCAACACAUCCAAAGUUCAGGUUGCCAAUGAAACGCUGGAGGACCUGAUCGAAACGGCCUCUUUCCUGCAAGUGACACCCAUCUUGAAACUUCUCCUGUCCGAAAUCCGUCUAGACAACUGCAUUGAACUCUUCAAGCUCUCGGAGGUCUAUGGAACGCAUGACCUGCGAACAGCCUGCCUCAAGUUCAUGUGCUGUCACUACCAUCCCAUGCUGCGCAGGCCAGAGUUUCAGGUCCUGCCUGCUUCUUUGAAGGAGCAGGUCAAAGAAAUGCGCAUGAGGGGCACCGCCACUCUGGUAGCCAUUGGAGACUUCAAGGGCACCUGCUUGGACCUCGCUGACCAGGACGAACCAUGGUCCAUGCUGAGGUACGGGGAAGUAGAGCAGCGCUGGAAGCCGCUCGCCAACAAUCUGCCCCCAGACAUGGUCAGUGUGAGAGGGUAUGGCUCUGCGGUGCUGGAUAACUACCUUUUCAUCGUCGGCGGGUACCGAAUGACAAGCCAAGAAAUCUCUGCAGCACAUUGCUUCAAUCCCUGCAAAAAUGAAUGGAAUCAUAUAGCGCCUUUGAACCAGAAGAGGGCCAACUUUAAGCUGGUGGCAGUGAGUGGGAAGCUGUAUGCAGUGGGCGGUCAUUGUUUAGGUACAGUGGAGUGCUACAGUCCUGAGCAGGAUUGGUGGACGUGUGUUUCCUCCAUGCCAAACCCUCUGGCUGAGUUCUCUGCCUGCGAGUGCCAGGGCAUGAUCUACGUCAUGGGUGGCUACACAGCCAGAGACAGGAACACUGACGUUCUGCGCUACUGCCCCACCUCGGACACGUGGUCAGUGUUCCGUACCUGCUCGGCCCACGUGCGCAAGCAGCAGAUGCUGUCGGUGGAGGAGACCAUCUACUUGGUAGGUGGCUAUACGCACGAGCUGGAGUGUGUGGCUGGGGGCCAGCGGCGGGCCAGUCAGACGGAGGACAUGCUGACGGUGCAGUCAUACAACGUGCGGACAGGAGAGUGGCUGCAGUUGAAGGAGAACACGUCCAAGUCGGGCCUGAACCUCACUUGCACUCUCCACAAUGAUGGUAUCUACAUCAUGAGUCGUGACAUGAGCCUGCCCACAAGCCUGGAGCACCGCGUCUUCCUCAAGUACAACAUCUUCUCUGACGCCUGGGAGGCCUUCCGUCGCUUCCCCGGGCUGGGCCAGAACAUGCUGCUGUGCUCGCUCUACCUGCCUAAUGUCCUGUGAGCCAGAAAGCACCAUGCGCAAGCCAUCUGAAGUAGCCUCCUGAGGGAUGCCAUGUAUGCCCUGGCCAGUACAUGCGGUACAAGGCCAGUACAUGCGGCGGUGGUAAAGUUGCGGCUGAAGUGGCUGAGAUGAAUGGAGUCAGAAGCAAUCGCGUUCAGGGUCAGUGAGAGGGUUACUGCAGAGAUGCACGCUACAAGAGAAGGACUGAUUAAAGGUUGCUCAAAAUCGAGGUCAAUGAAUGUUGUUUACACUAAUAACAAACGAACAAUCCACUGUACCUCACUUAGGGUCAAGAUAACAGCUUGUUGUUGAGGCACACUUGAAUUUAAGCACAGGGCUUAUGCUGAAAUAUACAUAAAACACUUUAUAUGGGAGCAAGUGCACUGUUGCAACAGAUUUUUCCAACUUGCACGAAAACUACUAAUGCCAAUGCAUGUACUUACUGUCUGUAUUCCCUAUACAGAAUAUAUAAAUGCAUUACUGACAAUGAUUGGCAGCAAAAGGCUUUGGUUUUACAUGGCCCUGGUUGUGAUGGAACACUAAGAGUGUGAUCAGAAAGCAUUAAUAGUCUUAACUACUGCUAAAGCUUCAUGAGUACCUUACCAUUUAAGGCCUUGAAUUUUCAGGCCUAGUACAAAUACAAAAGCACUUGACCAAAACACCUGUGAUCUUAUUUUGAAUGGAUGAUGAUGUGGAGGGCUUCUAGCAAAAGGACCAAUUAAAACGGUGCAAAUGUUCUGAAGAGAUGUCCAUUUCUGAGAGUUAAGGUGAUGGCCCUCCUGAAUGCAGUACUUUAUGUUGACGUUUGAUUCAUUUCAGGUUUCUUUUUUAAUUUUGCUUUGUUUUGAGCAGGUUCCAGUCUGAAUGUGUGACAGUACUGAAUAUUGCCACAGAUGCCUUGAAAACAGUAAUGAUUUUAAGUUCAAUAAAAUAUUCAGGGGAAGGGAA